GGAACCUCCAGCAAGACCAAACGCGCGCCUGCCUCGUGGAUCCAAGCCAAUGCAAAAUCGCGUCUAACAAAUCUCGACAAGGUGUCGGCGCAUCAACUGAGCAUCCACCCUUGGAAGCCGCAACGCCCGAGUCCAUGAUUUUCGACACUUACAGUUGGCCACGAUCGCACCGUGACUUUUGAUUGAGUUUGUUAUCUUGAAUCUGCGCCCUUUCUCUUGUUGCUGAACGCGGGCCCCGUUCGCAAAGCUUCCGCCCCCGACACCCUGCCUCCCUGAGGCGCAUCGACCACGAUGGACGAGUCUGCGAACUAUGGCAGUCCCGCCAACGGCGCAUCGCCAAACAGCAACCCCAUUCUUGCGCAACCGCCCCUGGAGCCAGAGACUCCUUCGGCCGCGCCCAAGCCGACCGAAGAUGUGCAAAUGGGCGAUGGAGCUUCUGGCGAUCCCGUCAUAAAGCAGGGCAGCACCACACCUGCACCUCCUGUCGCGUCGGAAACCGCCCUCGAUGCGCCCGAAGGACCCCCCGCCGAGACUACCGCCCCUCGUGAGGACGAGGAGAUGAGGGAUGGGCAGGAGACACAGGAGGGCGCUGGCGACGCUCAAACCAAACCGAGCGAGGGGAACGAGGAUGCGGGCCAGGAGGGAAAGACCAAGGAGGCGGUCGAGAACGCCGCGCGGGAGCAUCUCAUCUCCCAAACACACGCCAUCGUUCUCCCCAGCUAUGCCGUCUGGUUCGAUAUGAACGCCAUCAACAGCAUCGAGAGGAAAGCCCUGCCCGAGUUCUUCAACAACCGCAACCGCAGCAAGACACCCGCUGUCUACAAGGACUACCGCGACUUUAUGGUCAACACCUACCGUCUCAAUCCCGCCGAGUACCUCACCGUCACCGCCUGUAGGCGCAAUCUGGCUGGGGACGUAUGCGCAAUCAUGAGGGUCCACGCCUUUCUGGAGCAGUGGGGAUUGAUCAACUAUCAGGUCGAUGCUGAGCAGAGGCCAUCACAUGUCGGACCUCCGUUCACCGGCCACUUCCGCGUAAUCUGCGACACUCCCAGGGGGCUGCAGCCGUGGCAGCCCUCUGCCGAGUCCACCGUUACGGCCGGCAAGCCAAACGGUCAGACGGAGGCCAAGGCUGUCGCCACGCCGGUGCCCAAGACCGAGUUGAACCUCGAGGUCGGCCGGAACAUCUACGAGGCCAACGCGAAGGGAACCAAGCUUAGCUCCACCGACAACAAGACCAACGGUGAAGCACCGACCACCAACGGUGCCCCCAGCGCCGGCUCCGGCACCGCGGCCACCGACGGCCUUACCAAGGCGCCGGUGACGAAGGUCCACUGCACCCACUGUGGCUCCGACUGUACCAGAGUCUACUUCCAUAAGCCUCAGGUUGACGGCGGCAUCAACACGGCGAGGCGUGACCUGUGCCCAGACUGCUUCUUGAACGCUCGUACCGACACUAAGGACAGCAACACGAGCUACGUCAGGAUGGAGAACAAUGCCUACCCUCCCAUCGUCGACCGGGACGUCCCGUGGACUGACGAGGAAACCAUCAGACUGCUCGAGGCGCUCCAGAAGUACGACGAGGACUGGGGCGAGAUCUCGGCCCACGUCGGCACCCGGACUCGGGAAGAGUGCGCCCUUCACUUCCUGCAACUGGAUAUCGAAGACAAGUAUCUCGAGACGGAGCCUCUCAACGUUCCCACGGGGAUGCAGAUGCUCGGAUCCGGGAAGCACUUGCCCUUCACACAAGCAGAGAACCCGGUUAUGUCUGUGGUGGCAUUCCUCGCCACCCUGGCGGAUCCGGCCACGGCGGCAUCCGCAUCCGGGCGCACAUUCGAUGAGCUGACCAAGAGUCUCCGGAAGAAGCUGGAGAUCAGCGGAGGCGAUUCGCAAGCGAACGGGAAAGGGAAGGAGAAGGACGGCGAUAGUAUGGAUGUCGAUGUUCAGCAGGAAACGACCACCACGACCAUGACCACCACCACAACAACCACCACAACCAAGACCACGCUCAGCGAGCUGUCGGGCAUCCCGCUGGCUGCGGUCGGCGCCCGGGCCGGUGCGCUCGCCUCUUAUGAGGAGCGGGAGAUGACGCGCCUGGUGUCGGCGGCGGUCAACAUUACGCUGCAGAAGGUGGACAUGAAGUUGAAGUUCUUCAACGAUAUGGAGGCAAUCCUCCAGGCAGAGCGGCGCGAGCUGGAGCGGGCGCGGCAGCAGCUGUACCUCGACAGGCUGGCCUUCCGGCGCAAGGUCCGCGAGGUGCAGGAGGGCCUUGAGGCUGCCGUGGCGGCGGGCGGGGAACAGGGAGUUCGCAUGGCGCAAGAUGUGUCACUCGACAACCCGCGGCUCAGCUUUCAGCCGGUGCCCGAUGCCGGCGCAGUCCAGCCAUUGAGCGCCGAGGGCCCAGUCAAGACUUUCGAGGCUUAGGGGCAGGAUGUCUUGCCGAGAUCCCCAUACGGGCACAGAUUGGGUUGAGAAGAAAGGGCUUUAAUAUAUACCCCUGAUGCUUGACGAUUGGCGUGAGCUUUCAUCACGUAGCUUUUGAGGCGGGACGGGGGGGGGGGCCUCUUUUCUCAGGGGCACUUGGUGAAUUAUCCGGAGUCAUUCGGGGUUCAUGCGGCGGACGUGUUUGUAUUGUUAUAGCGGAAAUCGGGCUUUUUUAUCCCCCAGGGACACGGGGAAAUAUGCUUUCUGUCUUUUCUGUCCAUUCGUUUCUUUUUCGGUACACCUUCAUUUUCCUUUGCUUUUUACCAUGUCCCACAGAUAAUGGCUGGAGUUCGCCUACCAGCCCGGAAAUGGAAUCCUUGAGCUGUC